AUCUUUCUUUCCGUUUCUCUCUUGUGCUAAUUACUUGGUUUUCUCUUUUACUUUUUUUUGUAAAGAUGAUGUAUGAACAGCAACAUCUCCAAAUGAGAGUGGAUGCCAAGAAAACAGCUGCAGAGAGAAGAAGGUCCAUUGAAGAAGAAAGGCUUGAGAUUAUUGAUUUGAGUGGGAUGUCUUUGGAUUCUCUCCCUAACCCUUCUCUCAAUCUGGCAACUAUUUGCAAACUAGACCUCUCCAAUAACAAUCUUCAGAAUAUUCCAGAGUCCUUAACCGCAAGGUUGCUAAAUGUGGUGGUGUUUGACGUGCACUCUAAUCAGCUAAAAUCCCUACCCAACUCCAUUGGAUGUCUGUCCAAGCUCAAGGUUCUAAAUGUUUCUGGCAAUUUUCUUGAAUCUCUCCCUAAAUCUAUUGAUAAUUGCAGGUCACUGGAAGAAUUGAAUGCCAACUUUAAUAAGCUGCGAGUGCUACCGGAAAGCAUUGGAUUUGAACUGUUGAACCUGAAAAAGCUCUCAAUCAACUCGAAUAAAUUGGUUUUCCUUCCACAAUCCACUACUCACCUGACAUCUCUACGCAUAUUAGACGCACGUCUUAACUGCCUCAGGUCUCUUCCCGAAGACCUGGAGAAUUUAAUCAAUCUUGAAGUUCUGAACGUGAGCCAAAAUUUCCAAUACCUUGACAACCUACCUUAUUCAGUUGGCCUUCUCCUGUCGCUUGUGGAAUUGGACGUGAGUUAUAACAAGAUUACAGUUUUGCCUGAUUCCAUUGGAUGCCUCAAGAAGCUCCAGAAGCUUUGUGUAGAAGGAAACCCUCUUGUUUCGCCUCCAAUGGAGGUGGUUGAACAAAGUUUACACGCAGUUAAGGAGUACUUGAGUGAGAAGAUGAAUGCAGAACACAAAACUCCAUCUAAGAAGAAAUCAUGGGUUGGGAAGUUGGUGAAAUAUGGAACCUUCAAUGGUCACAUGAGAAGUAAUAAUAUCUCCAACCGUGAGGAGAGUGAGGGUUUCAUUAUACCUGAAUAUCGCUCCAUUGAUGGCCUUGCUUCACCAAGGUAUAUGGGAAUGUUCUCACCCCGCCGUCUCUUCUCUCCUCGCAAUUAUUUUACUAGGUGACUUGUGAUGCAUAAAUUAUUUGUGUAAGUUUAAUUAAUGUGUGUUGGUUUUAUUUUUACAUCCUUUUUCUUCAUAUGUGUAUAGGUAAUACACAUGAUAGAGGUUUUUGCAGUUAGUUUGUAAAAGAUUACUCAUCAUCAACAUUGUUUUAUGUACCAUAUUUCUUCG